AUGUUAAAAAGUCAUCCAGUUGAAACAUUAAAUUAUCUUUUACCGCAAACAUAUGAACGUAUUGAAAAAAUUCUUAGUCAAUCCGAUAUGAUUAUUUUAAAUGAUCAUAAAGGUGAUUCAGAAUUAACAUGGCGUUUGAUACUUUUCUCUGAACUUGCUUGUGCUCGUGGUGAUACUUUAAUCAUUUAUAAAUCAAUGAUUUUAUCAAUUUUUCAUCGAUGUAUUCAUAUUAUUCAUAAAGAUUCAUAUGAAUCUAUAGCAAAAGCUGCUCAAAAUUUACUUAAAUCAUUAACAUAUGUUUAUCCAAUUGAUUAUCGAUUGACAGUUGAAAAUAUUGAAGAACCAUUUACUGAUUUUUUACCUAUUCGAGCAUGGGGUCAAUAUGUUGAAUAUGAUAAAAUUAAUGUUCAAUUUCAUGUUCCAAAUGAAGAAGAAGUCGAUUUUGCUUGUGAAUUUGUUGAAACAUUUAUGUAUCUUGAAGUGCAAAUGUUAAAUGAAAAAUGCACAAACAUGUCCAAUGAUGAACGAUUACGAUCACUUACUCUUAUUCAUCAUAUAGCUAUUGGUUGUUUACGUAUGGUUCCUCGUAUUGAAAGUAAAAAAGUGAAAAAUCUUGUAUCAUCGGUUUCUUCGUGUGAUUCAAAAGUUCAAGCUCAAUAUUUUCUUUAUGCUAAAGAGCCAAAAUUUAAAGAGAAUCUUCGAAUGCGUCUUCUUAUCGAUAUUGGAAAUUUCAUUGAUCAUCUUAUUGCAUAUCAUUCAGACGAUGCUUCGUCGAUUAAAAUAGCUCUUAAAAUUUAUUCUCUGUCGUCAAUGUACUACGGUAUAUUCGAGCAAAACAUAAACAAAUUAUACUGUGAUUUAAAUACUAUUAAACAUUUAUAUAAAAAUAAAUUAUACAAUACACAACAACAUCCUCGAUUUGUCAUAAUACAACGUAUAGCAAUACAAAUUGAAGUCCGUCGUCAAGCACAAAGUUAUUUAUUUACAAUGCUCUCACGUUUUUUCUUAUCAUAUCAAAUAAUUCUUGAUCGCAUUAUUGAAUUACUGACUAAAUCUGAUGAAGUUGAUCAUGAUGAAAUUAAAGGUUGUUUGUAUAUACUUCUUGGAAAUGAAACAAUUUUUCUACCGACUAAACAUUCAUGGACAGUACUCGAAAAAUUAUGGCCAGUAAUUGCAUGUACAAAACAUGCAAUAAAACUUAGUACACAAAAUUUAAUCAAUUGUAUUAUGGAAAAAAUUUAUAAACGUUUUAAUACUGUUGCAAUUAUUGAAAAUACAAACGAAAUUUCAAAACAAGCCGCUAUUAAUUUAUGGCGUUCAUUAGAAAAACAUGAACUAGAAUUAUAUAAUCGAAUACAUGAAGAAAGAAUUGAAGGAAACAUUCAUUCAUAUAAUAAUCUAAUGGAAAAAUUAACUUCAUUAUUUUAUAAUAAUGUAUUAACUUGUCGACAACAAAUCAUAACAAUGACAUUUAUUUUAAUUCUUUUUCAAAAACAAGUUCAAAUUCCAUUAUCAUGUAUUCGAAUUCUUGUAGAUUUUCUUGUUCAUGAAAAUAUGGAUAUACGAGAGAUAGCCGAGCAAUGUGUAUCGGCAUUAUGCCGUAUACAAAAACCACCGAGGAUUUAUCUUGAAAAAUCAGUUCAUGAUAUAUUCUACCAUAUAAAGAAACCAUGUCCCGAUGAAGUAUUUUCUUGUCCAGGUGAUCGUGAUGAUAAUUUAUGGAUUACACUGAAUGAUUAUCAACCACCUAACACCCAAAUUGAAUGGGAACAAACAUGUUUUUUAGAUAAAUGUUUUCAUGGAUAUUAUAAAUGGCCAAAAGUACUUAAAUAUCCAAUGAAUAAACGUGAACGUUAUACAAAAGAAACAAUGCCUGAACAUGUUGCAAUUCUAUAUAAUCGAUUUAUGGAUAAAAAUUUUGUUACUAAACUUAUACAAUACAUGAUGCUUGCUGAUGAAAAAAAUGAAUUGAAUUUUAAUAUACAUCGAUUUCGAAUGUUUAAAGGUCUUUUUCGAAAUUUUGGUAUCGAUUUAAUGGAUCAUUUUAUGGAACAAUUAGAUAUUUUGAUUCAUGAAAAAACGAUAGAAAAACAAGAAGGUUGUCAUCGAGUAGCUGCUGAAAUUGUUGCUGGAAUGAUUCGAGGCUCAAAAUAUUGGACAUUGGAAAUGCUUAAGAAAUUAUGGCAAAAAUUAAUUCCAUUUCUUAAUGAAGUCUGUACAAAUCUUAGUCCUGAAACUUUAUUAUGUUGGGGUUCAUGUUUUAAAUAUGGCAUGGAAGAUUUAGAUCCUCGUCGAAUGUAUCGUCUUAUUGAAUUUAUUUGUACUUUAAUAAAUAAUCAAACAAUAGUAAAUACAUUUCUUGAAACAUCACGUUGGUUUUUAGUUUUAAAAUUAACGAAUUUUGAAUGGCGUAUACCAGCUAUAUGGUGUACAAUUAAUGAACAUGCGAAAGAAAUGCUUGAUCAUCCAUAUAAAGCUAUUCGAGAAUAUAUUGCUAAUGUUUUAUCAGUAUCACUUAGUUUCGAUGUUAAAUUACCCAAUGGUCAAUCGACACGUAAUCCCGAUGCAAAUCGUUGUAUUGAUACUAUUUGCGAACGAUUACAUCAAGCGAUAGAAACUUAUCGAAAAAAGCCACUAGAAGUUUGUUUAUCAACAGCAAAAUUUGAAGAUUUUAUUAGUGAACUUCUUAAUCGAAUAUUUCAAAUGAUUGAUACAUUAUCAACAGAAAUAUCUGAUGCUUUAAUAAUAUCAAUUGAUUCAAAAAUGGAAGAUCAUCAAAUUGGUUUAGAAUUAACAUCCGUCGUUUCAUGUAUUGUUCAACAAUGUAGUAAAAAAACUUUUCACAUAGUUCGUGAAAAGAUAACAAAUUUUCUUGCAACAUAUUGUUAUUCUCCUAAAACAAGUAAACUUCUUACGGGUCUUAUUCAGGCUUUGUUAAAAAGUAAUCCAAUUGAAACAUUAAAUUAUCUAUUACCACAAACAUAUGAACGUAUUGAAAAAAUUCUUAGUCAAUCCGAUAUGGUCAUUUUAAAUGAUCAUAAAGGUGAUUCAGAAUUAACAUGGCGUUUGAUACUAUUCUCUGAACUUGUUUGUGCUCGUGGUGAUACUUUAAUCAAUUAUAAAUCAAUGAUUUUAACAAUUUUUCAUCGAUGUAUUCAUAUUAUUCAUAAAGAUUCAUAUGAAUCUAUGGGAAAAGCAGCUAAAAAUUUACUUAAAUCAUUAACAUAUGUUUAUCCAAUUGAUUAUCGAUUGACAGUUGAAAAUAUUGAAGAACCAUUUACUGAUUUUUUACCUAUUCGAACAUGGGGUCAACAUGUUGAAUAUGAUAAAAUUAAUGUUAAAUUUCAUGUUCCAAAUGAAGAAGAAGUCGAUUUUGCUUGUGAAUUUGUUGAAACAUUUAUGUAUCUGGAAUUACAAAUGUUAAAUAAAAAAUGUACAGACAUGUCCAAUGAUGAACGAUUACGAUCACUUACACUUAUUCAUUAUAUAGCUAUUGGUUGCUUACGUAUGAUUCCGCGUAUUGAAAGUAAAGAAGUGAAAAAUCUUGUAUCAUCAAUUUCUCCGUAUGGUUCAAAAUUUCAAGCUCAAUAUUCUCUUUAUGCUAAAGAACCAAAAUUUAAAGAAAAUCUUCGAAUGCGUCUUCUUAUCGAUAUUGGAAAUUUCAUUGAUCAUCUUAUUACAUAUCAUUCAGACGAUGCUUCAUCGAUUAAAAUAGCUCUUAAAAUUUAUUCUCUUUCAUCAAUGUACUACGGUAUAUUCGAACAAAACAUAAACAAAUUAUUCAGUGAUUUAAAUACUAUUAAAUAUUUAUAUAAAAAUAAAUUAUGCUAUAAACAACAACAUCCUCGAUUUGUCAUAAUACAACGUAUAGCAAUACAAAUUGAAUUAUUCUCAAUGAGUAAUUUUCGAACAUUGACUGAAAUUGAUCAAAAAGUUAUAUGUAAACUAUUUGAAUUAUCUAUUUAUCGAUACAGUGAAGUUCGUCGUCAAGCACAAACUUAUUUGUUUACAAUGCUCUCGCGUUUUUUCUUUUCACAUCAAUUAAUUCUUGAUCGUAUUAUUGAAUUACUGACUAAAUCAAAUGAAGUUGAUCAUGAUGAAAUUAAAGGUUGUUUGUAUAUACUUCUUGGAAAUGAAACAAUUUUUCUACCGGCUAAACAUUCAUGGGCAAUACUCGAAAAAUUAUGGCCAGCAAUUGCAUGUACAAAGCAUGCAAUAAAACUUAGUACACAAAAUUUAAUCAAUUGUAUUAUGGAAAAAAUUAAUAAACGUUUUAAUACGGUAGCAAUUAUUGAAAAUACAAACGAAAUUUCAAAACAAGCUGCUAUUGAUUUAUGGCGUUCAUUAGAAAAACAUGAAUUAGAAUUAUAUAAUCGAAUGCAUGAAGAAAGAAUUGAAUCAAAUAUUCGUUCAUAUAAUAAUCUAAUGGAAAAAUUAACUUCAUUAUAUUAUAAUAAUGUAUUAACUUGUCGACAACAAAUCAUAAUAAUGACAUUUAUUUUAUUUCUUUUUCAAAAACAAGUUCAAAUUCCAUUAUCAUGUAUUCGAAUUCUUGUAGAUUUUCUUGUUCAUGAAAAUAUUGAUAUACGAAAGAUAUCCGAACAAUGUAUAUCGGCAUUAUGCCGUAUACAAAAACCACCGAUAAUUUAUAUUGAAAAAUCACUUCAUGAUAUAUUCUUUCAUAUAAAGAAACCAUGUCCCGAAGAUAUAGUUUCUUGUCCAGGUGAUCGUGAUGAUAAUUUAUGGAUUACACUAAAUGAUUAUCAACCACCUAAAACUCAAAUUGAAUGGGAACAAACAUGUUUUUUAGAUAAAUGUUUUCAUGGAUAUUAUAAAUGGCCAAAAGUAAUUAAAUAUCCAAUGAAUAAACGUGAACGUUAUACAAAAGAAACAAUGCCUGAACAUGUUGCAAUUCUAUAUAAACGAUUUAUGGAUAAAAAUUUUAUUAGUAAACUUAUACAAUAUAUGGUGAUUACAGAUGAAAGAAAUCAAUCGAAUUUUAAUGUACAUCGAUUUCGAAUGUUUAAAGGACUUUUUCGAAAUUUUGGAUUUGAUUUAGUGGAUCAUUUUAUGGAACAAUUAGAUAUUUUGAUUCAUGAAAAAAUGACAGAAAAACAAGAAGGUUGUCAUCGAGUAGCAGCUGAAAUUGUUGCUGGAAUGAUUCGAGGUUCAAAACAUUGGACAUUAGAAAUGCUUGAGAAAUUAUGGCAAAAAUUAAUUCCAUUUCUUAAUGAAGUCUGUACAAAUCUUAGUCCUGAAACUUUAUCACGUUGGGGUUCAUGUUUUAAAUUUGCCAUGGAAGAUUUAGAUCCUCGUCGAUUACAUCAUCUUAUUGAAUUUAUUCGUACUUUAAUAAAUAAUCAAACAACAGUAAAUACAUUUCUUGAAACAUCACGUUGGUUUUUAAUUUUAAAAUUAACUCAUUUUGAAUGGCGUAUACCAGCUAUAUGGUGUGCAAUUAAUGAACAUGCGAAAGAAAUGCUUGAUCAUCCAUAUAAAGCUGUUCGAGAACAUAUUGCUAAUGUUUUAUCAGUAUCACUUAGUUUCGAUGUUAAAUUACCCAAUGGUCAAUCGACACGUAAUCCCGAUGCAAAUCAUUGUAUUGAUACUAUUUGCGAACGAUUACAUCAAGCAAUAGAAACUUAUCGAAAAAAGCCACUAGCGAAUAUUUCUGGAGAAAAGAUCGAAAUAAAUCAAGAAGCACGUAAAGCUCUUAAUUGUAUUGAAACAGUGAUUCUAUUUCAUACGCGUAUAUUUAUGUGGUGUUUACAACCAAUGAAAAGUGCAAUUGUUCGAAUAUUUCCAUAUCUUUGUGAAUUAGAAAGUAUUGUUUCAAAUGAAAAUUUAACAACCAGUCGAAUGCUUGUGGCUAUGACUUAUUUAAAUACACCUUUUCUUGAAUCAUUGAUUGAACAAUUAGAACAAAUUUGUACAAGUUCCAAAUGGCAUGCACGUCGAGCAGCUGUGGAAUUUGUACAAUAUAUGGUUUUUUGUAAUCUAUUUAAUGCUCGACCAUAUAAAAAACAAAUACGUGAACUUAUUUUAAAAUGUUUAUUUGAUGAACAAUUUGAAGUUCGUGCAGUUACAUCAGUUACGUUAUCAGGCUUAUAUCGAUGUGGAUAUAUUCAAGUUAAUGAAGAAGAUUUUACACAUUUUAGUCAAAUGAGUAAAAUAAAUUAUUUUAUUAAAAAAAAAGGAAAAAAAAUUGUAUCAACAGAAAAGAUUAUUAAACGACAUGGAGGUGUUCUUGGUCUUUCUGCAAUUGUUCUUUCAAGUCCAUAUGAUAUUUCAGAUUAUGUACCUGAUGCAUUGAUGCUUCUAUGUGAACAUUCACAUGAUCCCGAUCUUAUUCAAAAAUCAGUUAAAAAAGGAUUACUAGAAUUUCAUCGUACUCAUCAUGAUUCAUGGCAUGAACAUCGAGAAAAAUUUACGGAUGAACAACUUGCCAUCUUGGCUGAUGUGUUGAUAUCACCUAAUUACUAUGCAUAA